ACGCUAACUGAUGGAUCUGAGAGUACUGGAAUUGCAGACGUUUGUGUAAACCCUGGUAUUAGUGGAAGAAUGGAUGCAACUAUGUCGAUUACACUUCAGGUUCAUGAUGGAAAAGCUGUUAUGGGAAAGGAUUUUUUACACACUGGUGGUGAACUGGUCAUCAUGUACUCUGAAGGAGACAGUCCACUGGUCAAGUGUCUCACAUUUGCAAUCCUGGAGGACGAGAUUCUGGAGGGAGACCACGAGUUCACUGUGAGCAUCUCUCACGUUGAGCCAAACUGGGCACUGGGUACUCCAUCAGUUGCUACCGUCAACAUCAUUGAUAAUAAAGAGCCAGCAGUGGUCACGAUGCAACCAGCUGUCCAGUCCGUACUCUCAGAAGAUGACAUCAUCAUAUCUUCCCAGUCCGUGUUCACGUUUGUCAGUGGCAGAACCAGUAGCAAUGACACUAACAGAGUUCAGAUAUCUGUCACUGAUGAUGACGUGUAUGAGGAAUCGCAACAGGUCACAGUGAGUAUUGUGUCAGUGAAGCCUUCCUCAGCUGUCGUCAUUGGAGACCCUCACAGCACAAAUCUCACUCUUGAGGACAAUAAUGAUGCAGAGGUUAGAUUUGUAACUGAUGAGUACAGGAUUGGAGAGGAGAGUGGAUCAGUCAGUGUCUGUGUGGAGUCUGGGGUGAGUGGUGGUUUUGAAACAGCUCUCACAGUGGGCCUCGCUGCACAAGACGGCACAGCAAUAGUGGGUGAGGAUGUAGCCAUCCCUCAACUACUGGAAGUGGUAUUUGAAGUGGGACAGAUGGAGUCUACCAGCUGUGCUAACAUAUCUGUCAUAAGUGAUACAGAACUGGAAGGAGAGGAGUUUUUCACUUUCACCAUCGUUAGUGCAGGGGCCGAACCGCAUGCGAGGAUACGAAAUCCUUCUGUGGCAACAAUCACUAUUGAAGACAGUACAUCUGUAGCUGGGAGUGAUGAUCAAAGUGGGGUGUUAAGUCUACAGUGGACCAUAGUUAUACCUACCCUAUGCAGCAUUGCAAUUGGGACUAGCUGCCUCCUGGCAGCCAUUUUCUACCGAUGCCACUCAAAGCAUCAAAAAACACAGCAAAACCUUGGUGAGGAUCCACUCUAUGAUGAUAUUGUCAGCAAUGACAGUGCAUACCACCUGCAAGGGGAGAGUGGUAGCUCGGUUGUUCGAAAUGAGCUACCAGAAAAUAUUCCUCUUCAAACAGCUCCAAAUGAAGCCUACCAAGCUAACAACAACAGUCCGCUAUCUGUGGUCUACGACCUGGCAAUAACCACCUCUUGGAAUGAAUCCUAUGCUAAUCCAACAAGCAAUGUCAAUGAAUCAUCAUCACAGGAUCACGAAAUGGUCCAGAGUGUCAUUACAACCUUGAGGAACGAGGCCUACUCUGGUUUUCAAGAAUUGCCUGCUACCUUGGAAGAGAACAUGUCAACCACCGAACCAUCAACUGAUGGCUACCUUCAAGUAAUUCCCUAA